AUCUACGAACGGGGGCCGGGAAAAGAUCGGCUACAGACAGAUGAGGCUCUGUCUCCGGCAAGCGGCGGCCACCAGCUCACCCCUCGCAGCUACCCUCCGCGGCAAGACUUCUACGAGCACCCUCGCCCCCCAUGGCCGGCUCAGCUUCAGCCACACCACGUCGCUGCAGACGGCGCCCGGGCACCGCGGGCUCCGAGCAGGGUGGGCGGUGCGCGUGCUCCCGCUGACGGAGGAGAACGUGGAGAAGGUGCUGGACGAGGUGCGGCCGAGCCUGAUGGCGGACGGCGGCAACGUGGCGCUGCACGAGAUCGACGGCCUCGUCGUCGUGCUCAAGCUGCAGGGCGCGUGCGGCUCCUGCCCCAGCUCCACCAUGACGCUCAAGAUGGGCAUCGAGACGCGCCUCCGCGACAAGAUCCCCGACAUCCUCGAGGUCGAGCAGAUCGUCGACACCGAGACCGGCCUCGACCUCACCGCCGACAACGUCGACAAGGUGCUUGAUGAGAUCAGACCGUACCUCUCCGGCACUGGAGGUGGAAGCCUCGAGCUUCUCCAGAUUGACGGAUACGUCGUCAAGAUCCGGAUCGGCGGACCUGCAGCCGGUGUAAUGACAGUACGAGUAGCCGUGACACAGAAACUGAGGGAGAAAAUACCUUCCAUCUUGGCUGUUCAGCUCACAGAAUAGAAAUGCGAGAGCUCACUUGUGCAUCAUCACGACGAAACUCUGGCUUUCAGGCGAAUGUGCAGUGUUCAUCAGUCUUAUAUUUC